CGGUCGUUAUUGUUCCAAGUACUUUUGCAAAAAUUGUAAGUACAUUCACAUGCAUCUACUAGAAGUCAAAAUGACUAUAACGUGUUUCCUUGUGGUCUCAACAUUUUCAAUCAUCAUCGCGGCUAAAGUUCCAGCAUCUCCCUCCAAAUCGUUUGCUUAUAAUUCGAUAAACUCCCCUGGUAUCGACCAUCUAUCCAACUCAUACUUCACAAAAGACAUGUCUCAUCCCAGCACAGUGCAAAUGUCAUCGCAAACAGCUGGAGUUCCCUAUGCCAGUCUAAUGGUCAAAGAUUCUCCGGUAUCAUCUUCGUUCUAUCCCCAGUUUCUUCCCAAAGAGUCAUCAGUUCCCAAAAUUGUCUACGCGCAAUCGAAACCGAAUGCAGUAAAUGAAAACAAGUUUAGUGUUUCGAAAAACAAUCGCAUACAGCCUGAUGAACAUAUAACGAAAUUUGGUUUCGUGCCAUCUGUGAGAAAUUAUUAUUACAGCGCCCUUCAAGUUCCCCAGAAGUUUAAAUCGGUUGAGAUUGAGACCCCAGUUGUCAAAAUGGCUAAAUCUAACAAAGAAGAUGAAUAUUAUUUUGCCCAUCGCGAGCCUCACUACGAGUUUGCGUAUUCGGUAGAAGAUCAUCAUACUGGUGACGUUAAAACUCAACAUGAAUCACGUAAAAACGACGUGGUGGUUGGGGGUUACUCCCUAAUCGAUCCUGAUGGUUAUAGAAGAAUUGUGGAGUAUAGUGCUGACGCCCAUAAUGGUUUUAAUGCCGUAGUAAAGAGAGAACCUUUGGAUAGUAAAGUUUUAGAGUCGAAUAAUAUGAUGCAAAAAUCUUCUAAAGUGGUUGAAAGAAUGCCAAGUGCUUCUAAUUAUUACAAUUAUUGAUUAAUUGAUGUAACAGAA